AGUCAUUCAUUUUGUUGUUCGAGCCAGGCGAGUGAACCGUUAGCAGCAGCAUUAGAUAGAAGAAGAGCCGAGCUGCCGAGCAGUGCAACGCAGUGAUAAAUAUUAAAACCAAGAGACAAACACGCGAACAUAAAGUGAUUCCCCCCCAGUGAGUGCAGUGUGUUAUCCAGAGCCAAAACUAUUUGGAUUAUUGGGAUACCGCCGAAGCCAUCGCCCCAACAUGCACACCCAGUCUGCCGUUCUUCUAGUCCUGGCUGUGUCCACCGGCCUGUGGGCCAGCUGCGUGGAGGGUGCAGCCACCGGAUCACCCUCGGCCACGGCCACCACCGCCAAGCCCAAGGGAUUUGAGGCUCGAUCACUGGACAUAAGCGGUGGAGAGGAGGAACUGGACGAUUUCGAGACACAGGCACAGACGCAUCUUGCAUAUCGCCAGCAGCCGCAGCAGCAGCGCCAGCUGUAUGAGUACAGUGAGGAGGAUCAAGAGGAGGCACCGCGUCCGGUGUACGCCAACCGAAAUGCCAAACAGCAAAGCAACUUCCUCAAGAUCCAGGGCCAGCUGAAGAAGCCUCUCAGCGAAGAGAGCGAGGAGGAGGAGGAAGAAGUCGAGGAGCCCGAUCGUCUGUCCACCCUGCUGAGUAAGUCCUCCUUCAGCUGCACGGACAGGAACUCUGGAUACUAUGCCGACGAGUCGCUGAGCUGCGAAGUGUUCCACUACUGUCAAGAGAGCCAGAAGCACUCGUGGAUCUGUCCCGAGGGUUUCACCUUCCACCAGAUCCAUCUAAUCUGCAUGCCGCCCUCCCACGACAACAUCUGCAAGCAGUCGUCCAAGUACCACAUUGUAAACGACUACUUGUAUAAGCCCAUCAAUCUUCAGGAGCACCAGAGCAAGCCAAAUGUGACGCUUCGCUACUCGGAGCGCUACUUCCCGGAGAACUACUACGAACACGAGCGUUACGAUGACGAGGAGGAGCAGUUGCCCGCCGCCCCAAGGCCACGCAUCCAGCAGCAGCAACACCAACAGCCCCAGCAGCAACAUCGCCAAGUGGUGGCCUACCAGCAGCCGCAGCAGCAGCCCCAAGUGAGGGUACAGUACCAGCAGCCACAGCAGCACCAGCACCAGCACCAUCAACAGCAGGCUCAGCCGCAACCACAAGUGGUGACGCAGAUCCGCCACCAGCCGCAACCUCAGCCGACUACCCUGGCCUACCGGAAGCCACAGCCAGCGACCACAGUCCAGCCCCAGUUGCAGUUGCAUCAGCUGCACCAGCCCCAAUUGCAGCUGCACCAGCAAAGGCCACAGACGUUGGCGCCGACCGUGACGCCCGCGCCGUACCGAUUCUUCACUGCCGCUCCCCAGCUGCAGCACUUACAGCAGCAGCAACAGCAGGUCUUCCGCACGCCCGAGGAGAUCAACAUAUCGCUGCAGCAGCGUCGGCCGCAGGUGUUCAUUGCCACAACGCCGAGGUAUUACGAGGAUGAGUACCUCUACGAGCGGAGGAAGUGAGGAGGAUUGCAGAGGAGUGAGCAGAAAACAGUCUUGUCGUUCCCUCGGAUCCACCUCUCGUGUAUAUUCCCCGUCUAAGUAGCUUUAAGCUCUCGCCCCAGCUCUCUGUCAGGCCCGAAAAUCCUUGCGCGAGUUUUGUGUACCUAUUUGUAAUAUUUAAUGUCCUGCUAGAAGAAUCCGCCUUCUAACUCAAUUCGUUAAUAAAGGAAGCCACAUUAAGUUA